AUGUUCUCGAAUUUGCAUAAUUCUCUUUAUAACAAAAUUUUCGGUAUUAAUAGUAGUAUUUUAAAUCUAACGAAACAGUUUUCAGCGGUAUCUGAAACUCAUAAUUCUGCUUGGCGCAAGCAACUACGAAACCGAGUAUUUCGUACAACUCUCUUAGUCGUUAUAGCACAUAUCUUAUUUUGGUUCCCGUAUAAUUUGUAUGCACUUAUGAACUAUGUAAAUGUCGAUUUGUAUUUACAAAUGAGCGAUCAUGCUAACGUAUUUAAUGAUUUACAAAUUCUUAUCACACUUCGGAUUUUGGUUUCGCACAAUUGUCUGAUACUGCAAAAUUCAUUCCUUUUCACAAAUAAAACUCUUAUAUCCGUGAAAAACCUGGAAAUUGUGCACAAAAUCCAACUUCUCUUUAGAAUUAAGAGGAAGCAAAGGUCAACUUUUGAAUUUUAA